AUGGGGAAACCCUCUAACGUCAAGGACCAAGGAAUGGCCAAGAAAAAGAACAAACAGGAAAAGAAGAGCAAACCAACUCUGACCAAAGGGGAACGAGAACGGGAGAAGCUCGAAAAGGCAGGAGAAGAAUUCCGGAGAAAUAGCCGGGAGUACGGACUCUUCCUGGAUCGAAUGGACAAGUGGCUGAAGACACACCAUCAGCAGGCAAUGCAACUGUUCUGCAAGUAUGACAAGAUCGAGAAUGGGAUCCUGCAAUAUGAGGAAUUUAAGCUUGGAAUGCGAGACUUGAACAUUCCUUGUGUAGAAGCUCAGCUCCACAUCUUGGCCAGACUGUUGGAUCCUAACAACACUGGCACCAUCGACUACGUUGAACUGGGUGCAGGCAUUGACAAAACCAGGUAUCGUCAGAGCAGCAUUGAAGAGGAAGAGGAGGAGGAGGACGAAGCAAAAGAGGCAGAGACAGACGAUGAGAGGACUGCAGUGAGAGGAGGCAAGGAGGAACGAGGAAUAAGUAAAGAAGCUGGAACGACUCUGGUGAUUACCAAGGAAGAGUUGAAUCGUUGUCCAAGCUGCCACUUGGGCCUCUGGAAUCCCGUGGGAGUCUCUGAAGCCAGGUACAUUUCUCUAGAACUCCGCAUCAUCAGCUUCAACGACAUGAAGUGCCACCCCGGCCACUUCCAACACACGGUGUACUCCCACAUGAAAGUUUACGGACUGAUCGGCCAAAUCCGUGGCUGGACUGGCGUCGAGAGCACCGUGCUGAACAUCUACAGAGACCACUCCUGCUCUCGGGAGUCACUCCUGCCUCUGGAGCUGUCCCUGGAGGAAUGUGGGUUCCCUGGUGGACCACACCAUUCACCCACCACUGCUCUCCUCUAUUAUGAUUACUGCAUAGAGUUCAGUAACUGCCCAAUAUUGAACUGUGACCAUUACAUCAACUUCAGAAGGCUUUGAUCAGUGGCAGCAGGAGGCAACAAGGAGACACACCGAAUCACAUUUGCUCUUGAAGUCAGGUGUGGCUCCACUGGUCGAUGUUCCUGUCACUGAGUCAACCUUGAAGUGUUAACUCAAUCGAUUCAGUCCCUGGAGGGAUCAGUUAUGUACAGAUCAAAUUGCAUUGGAAGCAUUAUCCUUUAGGUAAAGUACCAGGCCAGAGCGAAGACCCAAACUGCUUGCUAGUGGACAAUUACACCUUGACGUCAGUGUUGCCACAGCCAACAACAAAGGACGCCAUGGAUCACCAGAGGAAUGAAAUGAGUAUCACAGGAUUGCCUUGUGUAGACCCAGAAGGUUUAUGGUGGAAUCAGGGUGACCUACACAGACUGAAAGCUGGUUUGAGGUUGUUCUGAUGAAGACUUUAUUUUUCAAAUCUUUAAUUACUGUUUCCUUUUCAACUUGUUCUGGUCCCUUAUUCAGAUGUGUAUGAAUGUGCACACGGUUUCACAUAUGAUAUUCGGCUGUUUGUUGAAUGUUUUUCACUUAUCAUUUUUUCAGAAGUUUUCAGAAGUCCUUACAAUUUGUUUGUGAUGGACUGUCAGAGUAAAGAUCAACAUUGCAGGCAGAGCCAA